UUUCUACAAUUACGCGGGGAUCCUGCAUUCACCAAUGGAGACCGAGUGGGCUACCACUUGCUGCACUCCAUCGCCUUCCCGCAGACCAAGCCGCUCCCGAACAAAAUUCGCGGCAAUUUGUCGGUCUUCGGCUUCUUCCGGCAGAUUGAGCACAAUGUUAUCGACAAUUUUGCGAGUGGAAUUGUCGAUCCAGGAGGCGACAUUAUGCGAUUCUUGUUGAUCCCAACCGCAGCUGAAGCUCUGCUCUCAGCGACGAACUACGUGUACUGCGGACAGAUGAAGAAGAUCUCGUGGAUGCUGCAGCGCCGCCAUUCGGCCUUUGCGCGGCAAGGCAAAUCCCAAGUCAAGCAAGAGUGCGUGGCUUGUGGCAAGAAGGCCACUCAUAAGAAGUUGCGAGGAAUUGGGAGGAGCACGUGCAGACUGUGCUACGGCUGCGUGUGCUUCCCGUGCAAGGUCCGCAAGCGCAUCAGCUUCAUCACGCUGAAUGGCCACCUUAUCCAGCGAAAGAUCACGUUCUGCGCAAAGUGUGUGAGCACAGCGACCAAGUGCGACGCUCAGGAGGCAGCUAGAGAUCAAGCUACGGGCUACGAAGCGUAUAAGGCCCUCUCCACAUCGUCUCAGUCCAAUACC